AUGGACACCGAAGUGACCUCCGUCGCUACUUCGUCGUUGGGAGGACGUUUGGAGCGAGGACGAAUGGAUCUUCGGGGCGCAGGAUCCGGCCCAGCGAUGCUGGCGCUGCUCGGGGGCUGCCUGCUCCCCGUGUGCCGGACGCGCGUCUACACCAACCACUGGGCCGUCAAGAUCGCCGGCGGCUUCCCCGAGGCCGACCGCAUCGCCAGCAAGUACGGCUUCAUCAACGUGGGGCAGAUCGGGGCCCUGAAGGACUACUAUCACUUUUACCAUAGCAGGACGAUUAAAAGGUCAAUUCUCUCAAGCAGAGGGACCCACAGUUUCAUUUCCAUGGAGCCAAAGGUAGCUUGGCAGCAGCUGUUUCAAAGGAAGAACAAGAGAGACAGGCCCUUCCACAGGGCCCAAAGUCCUUACUUCAACAAGCCAAUUUGGGAAAGCAUGUGGCUGAUGCACUGCAGUGACAACACGCACCCUUGCCAGUCAGACAUGAAUAUCGAAGGAGCGUGGAAGAGAGGCUACACGGGGAAGAACAUUGUAGUUACCAUUCUGGACGAUGGCAUCGAGAGAACCCAUCCGGACCUGAUGCAGAAUUACGAUGCUCUAGCAAGUUUCGAUGUCAAUGGGAAUGACUUGGAUCCAAUGCCCCGCUAUGAUGCAAGCAAUGAGAACAAGCACGGAACCCGCUGUGCUGGAGAAGUGGCAGCGGCUGCAAACAACUCGCACUGCACAGUUGGAAUUGCGUUCAACGCCAAGAUUGGAGGCGUGCGGAUGCUGGACGGCGAUGUCACCGACAUGGUUGAAGCGAAGUCCGUCAGCUUCAACCCUCAGCACGUGCACAUCUACAGCGCCAGCUGGGGCCCGGACGAUGACGGCAAGACCGUGGAUGGCCCAGCUCCACUCACCCGGCAAGCCUUUGAAAAUGGCGUCAGAAUGGGGCGGAGAGGCCUCGGCUCCGUUUUUGUGUGGGCCUCCGGAAACGGCGGGAGGAGCAAGGACCACUGCUCCUGCGAUGGCUACACCAACAGCAUCUACACCAUCUCCAUCAGCAGCACUGCGGAGAGCGGGAAGAAGCCAUGGUACUUGGAGGAGUGCUCUUCCACCCUAGCCACAACCUACAGCAGUGGAGAGUCCUACGAUAAGAAAAUAAUCACUACGGAUCUGAGGCAGCGUUGCACAGACAACCACACUGGGACAUCGGCCUCGGCCCCCAUGGCUGCAGGCAUCAUUGCAUUAGCACUGGAAGCCAAUCCGUUUCUGACCUGGCGAGAUGUGCAGCAUGUUAUUGUCAGGACUUCCCGUGCAGGACAUUUGAACGCUAAUGACUGGAAAACCAAUGCUGCGGGUUUUAAGGUGAGUCACCUCUAUGGGUUUGGACUGAUGGAUGCAGAGGCCAUGGUGACGGAGGCGGAGAAGUGGACCACCGUUCCCCAGCAGCACGUGUGUGUGGAGAGCACAGACCGGAAAAUCAAGACAAUCCGUCCCAACAGUGCAGUGCGCUCCAUCUAUAAAGCUUCGGGCUGCUCAGAUAAUCCCAACCACCAUGUCAACUACCUGGAGCAUGUAGUGGUGCGCAUAACCAUCACCCACCCCAGGAGGGGAGACCUGGCCAUCUACCUGACCUCACCUUCAGGAACCAGAUCCCAACUGCUGGCCAACAGGUUAUUUGAUCAUUCCAUGGAAGGAUUUAAAAAUUGGGAGUUCAUGACCAUCCAUUGUUGGGGAGAGAGAGCUGCAGGUGAUUGGAUCCUAGAAGUUUACGAUACUCCUUCUCAGCUGAGGAACUUCAAAACUCCAGGUAAAUUGAAAGAAUGGUCUUUGGUCCUCUACGGCACGUCUGUACAGCCCUAUUCACCCACCAAUGAGUUCCCCAAAGUGGAGCGUGUCCGCUACAGCCGAGUGGAGGAUCCUACAGAUGACUAUGGCACCGAGGAUUAUGCAGGCCCCUGUGACCCUGAGUGCAGUGAGGUGGGCUGUGAUGGGCCGGGGCCGGAGCACUGCAAUGACUGUCUACACUACUACUACAAGCUGCGGAACAACACUAGGGUCUGUGUCUCCAGCUGCCCGCUCGGCCACUACCAUGCUGACAAGAAACGCUGCAGGAAGUGUGCCUUCAGCUGUGAGUCCUGCUUUGGGAGCCACAGCGACCAGUGCCUCUCCUGCAAGCAAGGCUCCUUCCUGAGCGAGGAAACCCACAGCUGUGUCACCCACUGCCCAGAGGGGCUCUACCAAGAUGUCCAGAAAAAUCUUUGCCGGAAAUGCAGUGAAAACUGCAAGACAUGUACUGACUCCCAGAACUGUACUGAAUGCAGGGACGGGUUAAGCUUGCAGGCAUCGCGGUGCGCUAUCUCCUGUGAGGACGGAUGGUACUUCGAUGGCCAGGAUUGUCAGCCCUGCCACCGCUUCUGCGCCACCUGUGCUGGGGCAGGGGCGGAUGGGUGCAGGACCUGCAUCCAGGGCUACUUCCUGGAGGACGGCAGGUGUGUGCCGAGCUGUAGUGUCAACUACUACUUUGACCACUCUUCGGAGAGCAGAUCCAAAUCCUGCAAAAAGUGUGAUGCCACCUGCUUGACCUGCAGUGGUCCAGGGUUCAAGAACUGUACCAGCUGCCCCAGUGGGUACCUCUUAGACUUGGGGACGUGUCAGAUGGGAGCAGUCUGCAAAGACGGAGAACACAUGGACGAGCGUGGCCAUUGCCAGGUCUGUGACGCUUCGUGUGCCAAGUGCAGGGGGCCGACCCAGGAAGACUGUACUGGUUGCCCCAUGAUGAGGGUCUUUGAUGAUGGCCGCUGCAUUUUAAACUGUCCUUCAUGGAAGUAUGAAUUCAAGAAUCAGUGCCAUCCCUGUCACCACACUUGCCAAGAAUGCCAAGGGAACGGCCCUUCCAACUGUACCUCUUGUGGAGUCGAUAAUUUCGGCCAAGAACGAGUGCUGUACCGGGGCCGGUGUCGGGAGCAGUGCCCGGAGGGCCACUUCCCUUCGCCGGAGCGAGCCUGCCUGCCCUGCCCAGCCCACUGCGCACACUGCCAGGACACGCGCGUUUGCCAGCGAUGCAGCGGUGGCUACUUCCUAGAGCCUAAUAACCACACCUGCCAGAGGCUCGAGUGCCGACAAGACGAAGUCCAAGAUCCGGACUAUGAAGAAUGCCUGCCUUGUGAAGAAGGAUGUCUGGGGUGCAGCCUAGAUGAUCCAGGAACCUGCACAUCAUGCGCUCUGGGGUAUUACAUGUUCAAACGUCAGUGCUACAGGACCUGCCCCGAGAACACCUACCGGGAAGACUUCGAAUGCAAGGAGUGCAGUCCCAAGUGUGGCGACUGUGACCCCCAGGAGUGCUACUGGUGUGAAGAGGGCUUCUUCCUGCUGGGUGGCCGCUGUGUGGCAGAAUGUGGCCCUGGCUUCUACAGUGACCCAGACAUGGGAGAGUGUGAGCCCUGCCACGGAGCCUGUGGAACCUGCACAGGCCCAGGCCCUGAGGCAUGCAACGGUUGCCUUGAGGGGUUGCAGCUGCGGUAUGGGAAAUGUGUCAGUCCUGUCCAGGCCCAGGUGGAAGGCACAUUCUGGAAUGAGCCCGGGCCCACCGCAAGACCAUCUGUGGUGAAGAACCAGCUGCAAGAGCGACGAAGGUGGAAAGUUCUAAUCAAAAGAGAUAUCUUUAGAGAAGACCAGACAUGUCAUCCAUCCUGUAAAACUUGCAGUGGGUCUGCGACGCUGUGUACCUCAUGUCCAGAAGGUGCGUACCUACUGGCUCAGGCCUGUGUCACCUCCUGUCCUCAGGGGACGUGGCCCUCAGCGAGGAGUGGCAGCUGUGAAAACUGUGCCGAGGACUGUGCCUCUUGUUCUGGAGCUGAUCUGUGUACCGAGUGCCAGAAUCCGCCUGACCGCCAGCUCUUCCUCCACGAGGGCAGGUGCUACUCCGUGUGCCCCGAGGGCUUUUAUGCGGAAGCCGGCCGCUGUGAACGCUGCAGUUCCGCUUGCAGAGCCUGUGAAGGGCAGGCCUCCCACUGCCGGUCUUGCAGAGGAGAGUUCUUGUUGGAGCAGGGGGCGUGCCGGGAGACCUGCUCCCCGAGGCAUGUGGCUGUGGAGGGCGUGUGCAGGCAGUGCCCAGAGAGGUGCCAGGACUGUAUUCACGAAGACACGUGCAAAGAGUGCAUGCCCAACUUGGUCCUGUACAACGACAAGUGCCAGCAGUCCUGUCCCAGUGGCUUCUACGAGGACUCAGGCCAGUGCGUCCUCUGCCAUGAUGGCUGCCAGGAGUGCAGCGGCCCUGGUGCGGAUGACUGUGACCGCUGUGCAGAUUCAUCCCUGGUUCUCUACAACGGGCAGUGCUUGGAAGCGUGUCCACCAGGAACUUACUUUGAAAGAGAGACUAGCGAGUGCAAAGAGUGCCACAGGACCUGCCGGACCUGCACGUCACCGGGGACAUGCGAAGUAUGUCAAGACGGCCUGAGGAAAAACAGCCACGGGAGCUGUGUGGCUUACGAGAAGUGUUCCCAUGCGGAGUACUGGGACGAGGAGGCCCGUAGCUGCCAGCCCUGUCACAGCAAGUGCGUCCACUGCACAGGGCCCGCCGAGGACCAGUGUCUCACCUGCUGGAGAAACAGCCUUCUUCUCAACAUGACAUGUGUGGAGGACUGCCCUGAGGGUUACUAUGCGGAUGAGGACAACCACCGGUGUGCCCCAUGCCACCGCUCCUGUCGGACAUGUGAAGGGGGCCACAGCAUGCAGUGUCGGUCCUGCCAACCUGGCUGGUUCCAGCUGGGGAAGGAAUGCCUGGACGCGUGCAGGGAAGGUUCCUGGUGGUUUCGAACUACACAUCUUUCAGAUCGCAACCCAACAGGAAAAGGAGCGCUGGAUUGCUUGUCCUGUGUCUGGAGUUACCACCUCGUGGGAGGAAUCUGUACUUCGGACUGUUUAACAGGGAACUACAGAGUGGGAGAGGGAGAGAAAUUUGACUGUGAAAAAUGCCACGAGAGCUGCAUGGAGUGCAAGGGACCGGGAGCCAAGAACUGCACCGUGUGCCCUGCCGACCUGGUGCUACAUCUGGACGACAACCGCUGCCUGCGAUGCUGCAACAGUUCUGAUGCCACGGACGCCCAGGAGUGUUGUGACUGCCACGAAAGCAUGGCUGAGUGCAUCCUGAGAGCCAGUGAGAGGGGGCCUCCAGCGGAGCAUUCCAAGACAGCUCUGCUGGUCACCUCCUCCAUUAUGCUGGGGCUGCUGGUCGGGGCCGCGGUGCUCGUCUGGAGGAAAUCCCGACGCAGGGCCCAGCCCGGGGAGAAGGCUGGCUAUGAAAAGCUGACUGACCCAAACAAGAUUUACUCUUCCUACGUGAGCAGUUCUCGUGGGGGCACCAGCUUUGAAGAGGACCAGGUGAUCGAGUACAGAGACCGGGACUAUGAGGAGGAGGAGGAGGAUGACAUCGUCUACAUGGGCCAAGAUGGCACCGUCUACCGGAAGUUUAAGUACGGACUGCUGGAUGACGACGAUGGGGAUGAGCUGGAGUAUGACGACGAGAUCUAUUCCUUUAAGUAAACAGAAGGCACACACCCCGCCCCCACCUCCAUUCCACUCACAGCCUGUGCGUGAGCACUGCUCUGCUGGUUUUCAUGCACACACACACAGCCCACGUGUCAGUGUCCGUCUCUGUCUGCCUGAUCACAAGUCCAAGCAGGGUUAGGUUGGGUGGUUAAAAUCAAUGAACAGUUCCUAUUCAACCAUAAGCGAGGCGCCUUCCCUCCCAAACUAUGUCAAGGCAUAAAUUGAAAACAAGUGAGAUUUCUACACACUGUUUCAUGUGAUUUAAAAACGGGGCAAUGCACACAUAGAAAUUCCUCUUCCAAAUUGUAUAUGGGGAAAUUUCAGCGGCCUCUGGCAUUUGGAUAUUUCUUUCAAUAAUUCUUAAGUGUGUGAGGGCAGAAGAGUUGUUUCUUAUGGGUGAUCACGUUUCGCACUGUGCAGUUCAUGUAGUUAGCGCCCUCUCCAUGCCAAGUAUCGACUGAUGCUUGGGUCUACCACCAUGCAGACCCACCGUGGGUCAGAGUCCCGACAAAGCGAGAAGAUAGCAGGCAGGCGGCAGCAUGCCCCAGGAAGAAAAGCCACUGGGUUUCCAAGAAUCACAACAUUACACACCCUUAUGAUUAUCUGAGUGCUUUUCUGGUAGGAAACAUCAGGUAAAACAUCAUGCCCUGAAAGAAAAAUGGGAGUGAUGACCCAACAUAAAAUGGGAUAAAAUAGCAAAAAACGUUAUUCGCCCGAAAGCAAGGAUGUCAUGGCUAAGUGACGUAGCAGGCCAUCCUGGAAUGGCAGAUGCUCCAUAGAAGAAACUAGAGUCUAAAAGAAGCAACCCCCAAAUCCUGCUCACAAGUUCUCUCCCAACUGCUGCAGAGGCUGACUCUGCUCUUUAUCCCUGUGCCCUCUGACUUCGGGCAUUCUGGGUCAGGGCACCUGGAGGAAGGUUCCCUACAGACAGUCAAACUGACAGACUCUGGCUGUGAGAACGUAUACGCUCAGUGUCUUCCAGAGUUCCCUGCCGAAUACAAAGUCCCAGGCAGUCCGAGGAGUAAAAUACCAGAAGGUGAAAAUGUCCUUUUCUGGUGAUCAUGAUAAUAAGAUGUCAUCUGUACCUACUACGUACCAGGUACCAAGCUAAAGAACUCUAUUUCAGAAGCAAACAAGUGACUAAUUCUACUUAACCCUAACCAGAAUCCCCUCAUGGUAGUCCCAUGCAGAAAGAUUGGGCUUUCUACUCUCAUAGAGUUAGUCUCGGAAACCUGCCAGCCGCUUCUACCCUGUCCUACAGUGUCACUACAAGUGGGCAUUGGCUGAAAGGCAGUGAGUACUAUUUUUACCACUUUUCCCAAGAAGCCAAGGUUUACAGAAGGUUAAGUAACUAGCCCAAGGUCACAGGCAAUUAAGCAACUUCUUGAAAUAGAACAAGUUUAAACAAACAACUGACCCUGAAGUUCAUGCGAAUAUCUAUGCUAUCCUGAUUGUUAGUUACAGAGAGUGGGAAAAGAGGUGCUGUGGAUAUAAAAAAGGCCUGUCUAUUGUUUCAAGACACCAGUAUGAUCCUGGCAAACGGAAUGAUCUUUUACUAAAUGCACACAUUUCCUUUCUUUGUUUUGAAUAUGAUGUAACAAUAGCACCAGCAAUUUUCAGGAAGGUAUCUGUAGUUUAUUGAUCCCCUCAGUGUUUCUUAAAAGGAAAGUUCUGAAAAUAAGGGUCAGCACCCUUUCUCCAGAAAGGGCCAAAUCAUAAACCUUGCAGGCUGUGCAGAGCAGAUAGUUUCUGUCCUAAGGACUCAACUCCGCCAGUGUGGUGCAAAAGCAGCCAAUAGAUAACAAAUGGGUGUGGCUGUGGUCCAAUAAAACUUUAUUGAUGGACACUGAUAUUAUAAUUAUUCCUAUGCCCUGUGAACUAGUCUUCUUUUGAUUGUUUUCCCACCCAUUGUAAAAAUUAGUAACAGCUCUAGCAAUGCAAACACAAGUAGCAGGCCUGGUCUAGCCAACAGGCUAGCGUUUGCUGCCUCUCUCUUACAUGGAAAUUCUCAAGAGAACUCACAUUUAUAAAUCACAUGCAUAUCACACAUAAAAAUAACACAUGAUAAGCUUCCAAGAUUUUGAUCUUGUAAAAUCAUCUAUUUGAAAUCUAUUUAAAGCCCUGAUGGUUCCAUUUUCAAUCCUUAGAAACAUGUAAGACUACAUGUCUGAGCACCACUGUAUAAAUGAAAGAAUUUCUCACCUCUUGCUGUGCAAUUAUAGAAUAUAGCCUCUGGAAACAA